GGUUGUUCUUGACAAUCAUUUCCUUUCUCCUUUCAGAAAACCCCGAGCGGGCUGCUCUGUAUUUUGUCUCCGGAGUGUGCAUUGGACUCGUCUUGACCCUGCUGGCCCUGGUGCUAAGGGUGUCCUGCCGAACUGACUGCAAACGCUCCUCUGACAAAAAACCUCCUCGGGAGCGGGAGAGCGACAGCGACAGCAGCGACAGCGAUGACGAUUCAGACACCACGUCGGACCUGUCUGCCCGCAGGCACCGCAGGUUCGAGAGGACUUUGAACAUGAACGUCUUCACUUCGGCGGAGGAGCUGGAGCGAGCUCAGCGGCUGGAGGAGCGGGAGCGCAUCAUCCGGGAGAUCUGGAUGAACGGCCAGCCGGACAUCCCGGGGACCAGGAGCCUCAACCGUUACUACUAA